AAUAAUAUUUCGAAGAGGAAAUAUCUUUUUUUUCAAAUAUUUAGGGAGGAAAGUACGAAAAUGGAAAUUUUAUAGGGGGUGUAAGUGCAUUUUGUCCAAAAUAAAAUUAGGCCAACUAAAUCAUCAUUUCAAACCUUUGCCGUUGUCUUCUCCGACUUUGCCUCCAACUCUUUCCAGCUACCACUUCGGAGGAAGGCCCACCGGAAUAUUCGAGUCCCACUGUGAAUCUUAGCAAAAAAAUGAGCAGUAAUGACGUUGAAAUUGCGAAUGAGUUGAGCUCCAGAGAGCAGUUUGAUGAAGGUGAAAGUGGAGUGCAAGUCACGUGCUUUACAGAAGUAUCAAACGAUUCUACCCUCCAUUUUCAGAUAAUUCGUCUCCAUAAGCAGAUUUAUGCAUGGAUUGGUUACAACUCUGCUAAAUUCGGACAUCUAUAUGCAGCUGCAUCGACACGACCAAACAAUACAAUUGGUGUAACUGCUUUAAUUGGAGGGUCGUCUGAUAACACGGGAUCGGGUAUUGCACGUAGAUUAGUUCUAAAAACCGGUCUGAAUAUCGUACUUGCUUGUAAUAUACCGAAGAACAACCCCAUGCUUGAGGCAAAUGCAGAGAAAAUACUGGUGCAAAAGCUAAUUAGUCUUGGAUACACAAAGCCAAAAAUCUAAUUGGAAAACCUCCCGACAAUUUUAUAUCUUUUUAUCUCGUUAAUUGCGUGUUUGCUAGAGUCAAUUCUUCGAUUCUUAAUGUUCUCCUGUUACAUUGAUUCUGGAAGAGUUUACUGGAAACGGUAUAUCGUUUGGAUUGUUGUUUAAUCAUUAGUGUAACUGAGGAUGAACAUCAAGUAUGUAUUUCUUAUUCUGAAAGGUUUGUAUAUGCAGACUGCUCUCGAGUAAAAUGUCGAACCUUAUCUCGUUUCAGAUGA